GAUCGUGACACAAGAGCAGGCAUGUUAGGCUACUUGACUUCUCUUCUCCCUCCUCUAUCUCUCUUUCGCCUUCUUUCUUUUCCUGUUGCUUUUCCCGUCCGCCAAUCACUUCAUUUCUUUCUCUCUCUCUGGCUGUCAGACCAACAGUCACCUCAUGGAAAUCAUCAGGUGGGUAUACGCUCACUGAACCUAAGUUUAACUAUGUGGAGUUGCCAAGGAAGAAACAAAAAUAGAUAAGGAAGACAAAGAGAGAUUGUAAACGGAUUACUCUUAUGCCAUCCUCAUCGAAAUUGAUUUGUUUUUACUUUUAACAUGUAUUGUGGAACCGUUUUGUUUUUUGCGGUAAAAUGUUUACUUCUUUUUAUGUUGUUUUCAUCGAUCGAUGUAAAUGGAUUUAUCUCUGGCUCGAAGAAAAGAGCAGCGAAGAAACGUCUAGUCGAUUAUCAAAUUUCUGGAUACAUUAACCUUUCCUCAGAAAUCCCCGGGACACCUGAUCUGCCUGUAGAGGAAAUUAUGCUGCAAACCAAUGGGAUUUUUAAAAACGAUACUAAAAUAACGAAGGAUUUGGUUACGAAAAAUGCUUCUCACAAGUCCGAUUCACACAUUCCAGAUGACUGUGAUCCCUUCAUUAAUGAAUAUAGUUGCCUCUCAAUCAUACAAAAAGACGAUAUCUACAUAAAAAUCAUUGAUACAGAUUCAAAAAAUUGGGGAGAAAGACAACCUUACAAACGAAUAGAGAAAUAUACUAGAAAGGCAAAAAGAAAAAGAAAAAAAUACAGAAAGAGGAAACAAAACAAAGAUAGAAAUAAAAAUGAUAAUAAAAAUAACCAGAAAGGAAGCUCGUCAGUUAAUGAUACUUCAAGAAGAAAACAAUGUCAGACAGGUGCUGCAACAAUUGAAGUAAAAAAUGAAAAAUGUACUGGAAGUGCAGAUUUAAAUCCUCCUUCCAACUUGGAAACAAAAUUGCCUAGAAAAUACUGGACUGUACCAAAGUUUGUGUUAGCUCUGCGUGAGAAGUUAAUCGGGAAGAUUAAACAACUUUACAAUAUCUUACGCAAUGGAGUUGGUGAAACCAUACGGAAGAUUCUGCAUUCCUACAUGCAGAUUCAUAAGAGAUACAAGGACAUAAAGGAACAAUCUAGAAAAGUUUUAACAGAUGGUCAUGAUGUUGUUAUUGAAAUUAUCCAAGUUUCAGAGCAAGUCUAUGGAACGAUAUCCUCCAUGAAUGAGCUUACACGUCGGCUGUAUUCGCGUAAGGACAAUAGAAUUUUGCAUCGACACCUGAGAGUUAGCCAUCAUUUUGCAGUCAUCAAAUCUAGGAACCGUCACACACAUGCCUGGGAAACCUUAAAGGCACUUGAUAAAAUAAAAACCAUCAAAAACAAAGUUGUCUUCCUCAGUCAAUUCACACGUGUGUAUGAUUAUACUGAUUUUUAUGAGAAGGUUUAUCUUCUGAAGGAGCACACUUUCAACCAAAGAACUCGAUUAAUUGACCUUCUUGAUAUAAGCCGCCAAGUUAACUACACCUUGAUGUAUUACCCCCGCAUGGCCAUGCUGGAAAAUACAAGAGACAUCAGUAUAAUGAAUAGGGACCUUAUGGAUGAGCAGUACAGCGUAAAAAGCCGAAUUCGCAGAAUCAACAAAAACAUCAAUAAUAUUAGAGUGCUACACACUUCAUGUCGAUUAAAACUACAUCAUCUUCUUGAAAUUGACUUUGCUGCUGUUAUAAAGACGCAUGUGGCAAAAAGGAAACCUUUUACAGAAGCAGAAAAAAGACAGGUGAGAAAAUGGGCAUCUGAAGUCAAGGAGCACAUGUCAGAUAUAGAUGAUGUUAUGGAAGUCAUCCACUGGGUACUUCAACCAUCAUUGAAUAUGGGAAAAACUACAAUAGGGCGUUUGAAUCCCGAAGAACAAAAUGAUGAUAAUACUGACCAUUUGGAAAGACUGAGAAAAAAAGUCCAUUAUUGGAAAUAUCUAAAAAGAUACAGAAGCAGUAAGCAGAGGACAGUUCAAAAAGAUGGUAUAACUGGUGAUGAUGGUAGUGGAAGCAAUGGCCGUAGUGGUGAUGGUCAUGGUAGUAAAAGGAAUCGAUGGAGAAAAAAGAAGAGAAAUUUUUUCAAGAAAAUCAGAUCUCGUCAUCGGAGAGAUGUCGCGAAUGCUGACCAGAGCAUGAGCAUUUAUGAUACUUUUGACGAAAUUGAGCUAAAACUCAGAGAGAUUAUCAAGAAGCUUGAUGAAGUAUGGGCAAACAUCUUGAGGUUUAUCAAUGCAAAGAAAUACUGUCGAAAUGGUGAAGACGCAAUUGAAGGGUCUGGAGAUGGUGAGACUAUAUGUGAUUUGGAUGGCAGCACCGAUGACAGUGACGGCUUGAUAACAAAUAACAAAAAUGUCGAUGAAAAUGGUUUUGAGUUUGUUGAUGGCGAUGAAAUUAUACCUCUUAACACGAAGAGACUGCUGGAAGCUUACAUGGAUGAGACCUCUAUCAAGAGUAAAAAGGUGCAGAAACGUUGCUAUAAUGUCCAGCAAGACAUUCAAGAUUUGAAACCUAAGUUGGCUCAAGUAUCCUCGGAACUAUCCAGAACUGAAAAGUUAGCCAAUAGUACCACUUUUCUCCAAACCCAUAUUUUUGAAUUCCUGUCCAACAGAACCAAAUAUAUAGCUGAACUGAAAGAAACCACUGCUGAGCUUGAACUUAUUCUGAAUAAAAUUGAGACCUUGAAUAAUUUGGCAGAAAAAGUUCUUGCAGAUGAGGACAAUUUAAGAAAGCUCCUGGAAAAGAGGAAGAAAGAAAAAGAGAAGCGAAUGAAAAAAGACGAAAAGAAGGCGAAGAAUAUGACUGGGAAAAAGAAGAAACCAAAGGGAAAGAAAAAUGAUAAACAGCGAGACAGAUCUGAGGCAUCAGGUGGGAAGCGUAAAUCAAAGGUAAACACAACUGAAGAGGAUGAGGAUGAGUAUGAUGAGGAUGGUGAUGAUGAUGGUGGUGUAGAUGUGGUACCUCCCAUCAGAAAUAAAAAGAGAAAAAAGGAAAGAGAUGAAAUUAAAACAGAAUCGGAAAGUGAUGUGAGUCUUGGAGAUGGGAAGAAUUUAGGUAGUAAAGGAAACAGGAAGAAAGCUGAUAAACAUUCUGGCAGAAACGGGAAUUCAGUGAUUGUAAAUAGACAAGAUAAAAAGGUCAAUGGACAAAGAAAGAGAGGUAAAAGUGAUGUAAGCGAGAAGGAAGAUGAGAUUGAAGGAGAGAAUAGAAAAGGGAAGAAAAGGAAGAAAGAAAGUAAAGGGAAAAGUGAUGUAAAGAAAAAAGUUGAGGUGGAGGAAAAGAAUGAAAAGGUGAAAAAAAAGAAACCACAUGAAAAAGAUGAAAAGGAAAAUGACAAGAUUGGUGGCAGUAAGGAUAACAAGGAAGAAAAUUGGUUGGAUGUUUGGGAAGAUUUGGUAAACUUUGAAAAUAUGGUCAGAAAGAACGAAAGCCUAAAAUUGGUAAGUGAAGAAACAAGUAGCAAAAAAUCCAAUAAAGCUGAACUUGAAAGAAAAACAACAAAAGAUGAAAAUAAUGACAGGGAAGAAGUUUUGGUACUUAAAAAAGAUGAUUGGAGCAAUAAGAAGAAGAAUGGUAAUGAAAAAAAUGAAGGUAAAGAUACUAAAAGCAAGAAAAGGAAAAGCAAGAGAAGGAAGGACAUGAACAAGACAGAAAGUAAGGAGAAGGGUGGCAGUUCUAACACCAAGAAAGAAAAUUGGUUAGAUUUGUGGGAAAAUUUGAUAGAGUCUCAAGAAUUGUUGAAGAAAGGUGGAAGUGAAGAUUUAAAUAGAAAUGAAGAAAGUCAAUUUCAAAAUGAGCAAAAUUUGGCUGAGAGAAAAGAUGGAUAUUAUGAAAAGCAGCAAGAAAAAGAAGGAGGCGAGGAAAUCAAAGAUUUUGAAAAGGAGAAUAGCAAGAAUGUUGGUAACAUAGUAAAUAUAAAGAAGCAGAAACAUUAUAAAAUACUUACAAAAGAAGAUCAAGAGUCGAGAAAGAAUAAAUUAAAAUUGAAAAUUAAAAAACUACAAAGAUAUAGAAGAGAUUUGCGAAACAUUGACAAAGACAGGAAAUCCUUUAAUAGAAAGAGAGAUGCCAGGCGGAGAAGACGGAUGAGAAAGAAGAGAAGAAAAAAUCCACGUAGAAGGGAUAGAACACAUGCAAGAUUGCAGUCAGAUAAAGCAGAAGAUGAAGAUGCUGUCGUAAAAUUUGUCACAAAAUUAAAUAAGCAGAUUGAAAUUGAUGUUACUAAAAGCAAGGAAAAUAUUGUUAUUAUGAACAAAACCUUGCAGGAACUUCCGAAAGAUUUACACCAGUCAGUUAUUAGUAAUGUGGAACAGCUGCGAAUGAAUAUCUCCCAGAUUCAAUACAAAAUUCACUUGGCACGGACAUUGUUGUCUGCAAUGAAGAUCCCUGUGAAAUUCACAGGCAAAGAUUAUCUAAAAGUACCAUUACAUCCUGGUUAUGAUUCUAGAAAAAUCCAGUCAGAUAUGGAUGUUUGUGUUAAACCAAAACUGAAGAGUGGCGCCAUUCUUGCAGUAAACAUCAAUAAUUCUGUGAGCUAUAUUCUUGGCCUGAAGAACAGUGCUGUGUUUUUGUCAGUGUAUGAUAUGGAUGGAAAAGAACUUAAAGUAGUUGAAUCUAAAAGUAAAACAAAACCAGAGGUUUGGUACAAGUUUGGAAUCCAAAGAAUUGGUCGAAACUUCAGCGUGACAAUCAGCCCCAUUUCAGCUGCAGCUCAAACAAAUAAAGAAGUUGUUAAAAUAUUUCUCCCAAAAAUAAAUGCUGAGUACACAGCUCCUUCAGUUGCUUAUGUUGGUGGUUAUCCUGAGGAAUUAUGGAAAAACAAAUUAAAACAGCUGGAAGGUUGUGUGGGGUCUCUUGAUGUUGAUGGACAUGCUAUGUCUCUGAUGCAGCCUUUUUCAGAUGGUUCUCAGCCUACACCUUGUACACAUGGAUGUGGUGACAAUUCUUCAAUGGUCUUCGAAGGUAAUGGUUUUGCAGAAUUUCACAUUGAUGAUAUCCUGAAGACUGGUUUAACAUCAGUUCAGCUUACCUUCAAGACAUAUCAAACAGAUGCUUUGCUUUUAUUUCUGAAGAAUACAAAUUUUCAACUAAUUGUCACAUUGGAAUCAGGCAAUAUCCUUAUCCAGUAUGAAUUGGAAGAUACACAGACAGCUAAGUUAAGUGGACCUAAAGAACUCUCCAAUGGAAUGUUGCACAAAAUUCAGAUCUCCAUCAAAAAUGGAAAAUUUAGUGCUGGGAUUGUCGGUGAAAAGUUUAAAUUUGACAACACAGACUAUAAACCAGAGAAAAAUGAGCUGGAGACAGUUUUUUCACUUGGAGGCCUAUCACCUCAUUAUCAAAACAACACUAUCUCUCACUACAGGUCAUUGACAGGGUGUCUGUCCAAUGUCUGGCUAAACGACCAAGAAGUGAGUUUGUUACACCUUCAAGAUGCUCGUCAUGUACAGCUUGGAAACUGUGAUAAAAAUUUGUGGUUAUCAUGCAUCCAAUUCACAAAACAUUCCAAGGCAUUCCAGCUUCCAGACUUUGGCUUUGUAAAGUCAAUAUCUAUCAAAGUUAGUCAUCAAGCUAAUGGUGUGGCACUAUUCUUUGAAAGAGAAAAGAAAUUUGCUAUUGAGGUGAAUCUACAGGAUUCUCUGGUAGAGGUUACAAACCAUGUGACAAAGGAUAAAUCCAGUAUGACCAGAAAUUCAAGCACUGCACUCUGGAAUGUUAUAAGUGUCAUUGACCAGGUGGGAAAUCUCCAUAUUAGCCUGGAUGGUCAAAAUAGUGUGGAUAUGGGCUAUAAAAAAAACACUGGCUGGUUUCAGAACAACGUUAAUGAUUUUUCCAUGAGCAUCACUAUUGGAGGAUUGUCUGAAGACUACCAAGAAUCCAGUAAGAAAUCAAAAACAUUACAUGGGAGUAUAUCAUCUGUGCUUAUUGAAAAUGCAUUGCUUGAUUUGAGAAGACUUGGAAUUUCUAAUCAAAUAGAUGUUUGCAGUAAACCUAUUGGAGCCUAAUCAUGCCAGUUGUUUUUUUGCUGCUGCUCACAACAACUACUACUUCUACUACCACUACCACUACCACUACCACUACUACUACUACUACUACUACUACUACUACUGUUAUUAUACAAUCUUCCAUUCAUCAACAGCUUCUCGAGACUGAUCUACAGGAAAACUUUGAUAGAUAAACCGACAAAAAUAUGUUUAACUUGUGACCAGAAAUUAAAACUAGUGAAUCUAGAAAUUCUUCUGUCUCUGUUUAUGAUUUCAUCCCUCGUCUAUUCCAUCUGUCCUUUAGUCAAAGCUUUACACACACACACUGACUA